AUGGCGAUCGAUCCCGAUGAGAUCCAGGUCGGCCCGAAGGCGUCCAUAUUCGUCGUGCUUGCGACGCUAGCGCUGGGCGCUGGCGCAUGCACGCUGGGCCUCCUCGCCAUGCUGCUCCCCUCUUCUACGUACACAGUGCCUCCAGAGGCGAACGUGAGCCAAGUGCUGGAAUGCGGUUACCAGUCGAGCACCGCGACGCUGUUUGGAAUCAUAGGAGGCAUGCUGCUGGCGGCGGGCAUGGCGCUCAUCUCCGUGCUGGGCGGCUGCGUGUGCUGUGUCACCAUCCAGUACGCGCACGGGCAGGCGCUCAAAGUCAGCAUCGUGUGCUACACACUCGCAUGGGUGGCAUUCUUCCUAGCAGAGGUGUGCCUCAUGUCGGGCGGAUCUCUCAACAACUACCACAAGUCGGUGACCAACUAUCAGUACGACUACCAGCUGCGCACGUGCUACCAGCUCAAGACCACCACCUAUAUAGUGGGAGCGGUGAUGUCGAUACUGACGGUGGUGUUUGCAGUGCUGUACUACGGGCAAGCACAGAAGUCCAAAUACGAGGCGUGGGUGGAGCAGGGCGCUCCCACCCCCCGCCUCUACUCCCUCGAAACCAUGAAGAGCUUCGUUAUCGCCGGCCCUGCCCGUGCCGGCCCUUUGAAAUCGGAAGAUGAUGAUGAGGAUGAGGAUGAUAUGGGGGAUGAGGAGGAGGAAGAGGAGUAUGAUGUGUUUGAUGAGGGGGAAGAGGAGGAGGAUGAUGAUGACACGCGGCCGCUUAACCCGCGCAGGCAUGAUGAUGACGACGAUGAUGACCAUGAUGGUAACCGCGCGCAUUGA